AUGGAAGGGUUGAAAGGAGACAGAGGGUCGAGCUCCCCAAGCAGCGCGCGCGUCGAUGCUCUAGAGUCGCUGCCUCCUCCCCACGUCAUUCAUGACCUGCUGUCCGUCGGGGUCAGCCAUCACUCUAAUUCGACCUCUAUUUCUUCUGUUCUUGUCCCUAUCAGCACUUGUAUACUAUGAUGGCAUUUAGUCUCCCCUUUCUGCUUUCUCUGCGUGAGUAAAAUGCGGGCUGCUACGCUCGUUUGGUGGUUCGUACAUUGUUAGGUUGCUUUGAAGGAUCUCCUUGUGACGGCUGUUUUUGUCGUAGCCGCUUUUGCUGAUGGGAAAAAGGGCCCAAAAACUUCAUGAAUGAUUUGUUUUUUUUUUUCUGUGGUUCGGGCCGUAGGGAAGAAUUUCAACCUUACGUGCGGUCCAACUGUAUCUGAUGGCGAUCCACCUAUGGUUUAGGCAACCUAAGAGUAAUAACGUAGUGUUUCUGUCGCGUGAUUCUCCCUUUCCACUUGAUAAAAGAUAGAUGCUUUCGUAUCUUCCUUGAUGGGGAAUGGUAUUGGUGCUUCAUAUGUAUUAGCUUCAAUGGAUAAAUAAGAUCAGAGUAUUGAAAUGGUUUCACCAUAAAAUUUUCAUUUCAGCUAUCCUUACGCGCUUCUAAUUGCACCAUUGAUUUCUCUAAUUAUGGCGCCUUGUUUAAAAUCAGGCAGAAUACUGCCUUUCUGGGUUAUUUGAGUUCGACCUCAUGCAAAAUCUCGUUGUAGAAAAUACUGCAUUCUCACAUUGUUUCAAUUUCAAGUAUAAGUUAUACACCAAAAAAUUUCUGUACAAUUUUUUUUAAAAAAAUCAAAAGAUAAAAAAUUGUUGGCAUAAGUUAAUUUCACCCUUUUCUGUCUUUCUUGUUGAAAUUCUUAUUUCCUCUUUCUGAUGGGGUGGAGUCUGGUUCUGCGACGCUACCAGGACACUCGUCCCCUUUUACGGUCAUUGGAGAGGAUUGCCAUUAGGAGACUCAAUUUUUGAGUGUCAAUAUCAGCGUUCUCUUAUGUGCCAUGGUACUAAAGGCAACAAUUAAAUGCCAAAAUUAUGUUCCCCUUAAUUCCGAUCAGAAGGAAAGGGACACAGUUUGAAUUAUGAAAAGGUUCCCAACUGAAUUCUCAUUACACAGCUUGUGAAGUCUCGUUUUCUCCUGUUUGGGCGUUGGGAAAAUCUAAUUUUUUUUCAGUUUUUCAUUUAUGCUAGAUCAUUGUAAUUUAAUCGAUUUCUAGAUGUGCUUCCGAUAAAAGAUAAUAAUUGCCUUGUACAGGGGCAUUACCCUUUUGUUAUUCGUAUUGCAGGUGUGCGGUCGAUGCAUCCUUCGGAUGUUCGGAGUCCAGGGAGAUCUUUACAGUCGGCAGAAGCUCACACCUUCAACAUUAUGGUCUAUUAACAGUGAAUCAAUAGUUAGCAACGUUACAUUAGAAGAAAAUGGUCUUUUUCCCCAGGGGCCCAGGAGCUGUUCAUAUUUUUCUCGGGAAAUAGAACCCCCACAAGAUAACUGUUGUGUUUGCUUAGGAAUAUUGCAGCUCACUUUCAAUCACGGAAAGGAAUGCUUCCGAUCUCCUGGAGGAGGGAACCCUAUCGAUGACUUUACAGUGAUGCUCUCUGAACAAAUAAAGAAAGAAGGUCAUCAAAUUGGAGGCUUCUGUCUUGAGAUCUCUAUACCGCCUGUCAUAUUGGCCAAUGAGCGUGCAAUCUGGUGAUUUGCCUGUUUCCUGCAAGGAUAAUUUGCCAAAAUUAUUUUAUGGUUGGUAGACAGAUUUUUGAGAAUUGUUUUUAUAUUCGAAGGUUAUAUAUGAUGUUUAUUGAGAUUUAUAUGCUGUUAUUUGUCCUUCAGCUUCCAGAGAACUGUUACCUUUCAAUUUUAUACAUAAUAAAAUUCAUCUUUAAGCAGUCCACUGAACUUGAUAGUAGAGUCAGGAAUUUUUAUCAGGGAUGGUGGGACUGGGGUUCGUGUGCAGAAGCUACCAUAUUGACCUGUUCAUAAAUUUCCUUGAUGCUAUCCUGUAAGGUAUCCACAGAAUUUGCCUUCAUAUAUUUUUCUGUAAAUUUUUAUAGGCUGUAUAUGAAAAACAAGUAUGAAUCAGAAGAUUGGUUCAGAGAGAAAUGUCCCAUGGACUGUAUCUCAGUGAAGGAUGCCUUAAAAAUAUCCAUAAGUGGUUCCCUCGAAAAGAAUUUGGUAUUUAUCUUCAGGACAUCCUUAUCUUACUGAAUGUUUUUAUUAAUUUGUCAUUUUUGUUAUUAUUUAUCAAGUUGUGAUACUUGAGGUUUCAAGCUGUGCAGGGGGUUAAAUUUGGCAUGGAUUCUUUUCGUAUUCGAUUGAUUUAUGCUCAUUUUAAGACCUCAGUUGAUCUACAGACCUCUCUCGCAAAAGCACAGGGUACUAACAGGAAGAAAAAAGGUAAUUUAGGACGCCAUUCUGUCAUUCCAUCUACACAAUUCUUUUUCAUUUCUUGUAAUAUCUUAAAUAGUGCCAAUAGUCUUGUUUGCCUGUAUUCUACAGAGGCUAGUUUGUAGUUCUCCAUUAUUAAAGUAAGUUUAUGUCUGAUAAUGCAUAAUAACUCUUCAACUGUGAGAUAUUGAAAGUUUUAGCAGCUACUUGACAAAUUAAGAGACUUGGAUUCCCUACGGAGGCAGUAUUGAGUGAACGAAUUGAAAACAGGAAAACUUUUCAGAUCUGCCAGGAAGACAUUGAAUUAGAACAAACAAUAUAGUAUAUCAUCUUUUAGUUAAUAUAUCCACAUUUAUCUGGAUGUUUUGAAAUUACCAUUCGAAAGUUAGAAGACAUUGAGGUGAUAUUUGGUAGGUUUCUAGCGAUCCAUUUAGUUGAUAACAAUUUGUUGAUAAGACUCGUUGAUAGGAUAUACUUGAUGGAUCAUAUGACGUCAGAGUUCUUACUGCAUUUCGCAUUAAGGGAGAAACUGACCAGAUCCACUUUUCAUUUUUCAACUUCAAAAACUCUCUGUAGCAACGUUAUCCAUUUGGCCUAGAUAAUCCUCCAUUGUCACUCUCUUUGAGAUAACUGUUACACUUGUUUGCUGCUAAAAUGUGUGGUCAUCAACACGAAUUUUUUCCCUUUUUUUUUUUGUACAAAAGUUGCUUUUCUGUACGCCAAAUGGGAAAUUAUCUGGUAAUCAUUUUUGUUCAGGUAGACUAAAUGGUUUGAAUUCAUCAGAUUUUGAACUCCUAGAUUAUAAAACGCACAUUUGACAAUUUCUUGAGGAAGUUCUCCCCUGCGUAAUUUCCUGGUCUUCACAAACGUUCACAAUUACAAAAGUUCCUUCUUAUUUGGGCAGAGAUGGUCAGGCAUGAUGCUGAGGAAUACAAUAAAGAUGUCAAAAAAGAAUGUAUCCUACAGGAAAAAAAUGAGUCAGACACAGCCAUUCGAAGAGCUCUUAAUGACCUUCAAGAUGAUGUGUUCUGUGAACAUUUUAUAUUGCCCCCAGAGAAGGUGUUGCUUUUCUUUAGUGCCUUUGGAUGUUAUCUUGUCUUCUUUUUACUUUUCACAACUUUUCACACACCCCUUCCUUACACACGAACCUGCGUUCUUUGUUUUCUGUUUGAAGGUGAAGGAAUCAUGCGUCUUGAGUACUCAAUAUUAUAGAAUGCCAAUUUACAUUGGUGGAAGAUAUUUGAAGGUACGGUGGUUAUUUAUUUGAGCUGCCUCUUAUUUACUUGCAUGUUGGAAAAUGCAUGCAAUGAUUAUUAUUUUAUCUGUGUGAUCAAGAAUUUAGUCAGAUUUUGCCCCUUUGCUCUGUGUUUCUUGAUUUGUUAGGUGGUAUUUUUAAUAGUCUCAUUCUUAUGUUUGGAUCGUUACAUCCUUGAUGGAGCAAGGUUCUGUUAAUAUGCCCUAAGGGUGCAAUUACUUGCAUCAUCAGUGGGAUGCGAACUGAUAAAUCUAUACUGGUACAUCCGAUCAUACAUAAACCUUUUUGCCUCAAGAUUUCUGAUAUUUGAAGAAGAAAAUGAUCAACGAAUGUUUUCUAUCUGUGGUUAAAUUUAUUCUGAUGUCCCUUUAAUAUGGAAGAAUCUUUUCAGUUUUAACAUUGGUAACCAUUCAUGAACCUCUAUUUGGAGUUUUACACCCACAGAAUAUUUGUUUUACAAUGAUUGCCAACUAAUAUAUCAUGCAAUCUACUCUGUUCAAACGCUCAUUUUACUUUUCCCAGUUCAUCAAAUGCGAUGUUAUGCCCUGUUACUCCGAUAAGGGGCAUAAAUAUGAUCCACCAAAUUCAAAUUCCCAUUUCAAAUAUCUUUUUUUCUUUACCAGCCGAGUAACAUUGUCAUUUAUUUGCAGUACUACCUGAUAAUUUUCCAUUGACUAAUGGUUGGAUCCUUUCAUGUCAUUAUGUUUGCUUCUCUGCCAAUGCUUUUUGGUGUGCCAUAUCUGGUUUCUAAAACGUAUGCCGGAAAGUUUUCAAGAAAGGUCAGCCAGACACGCUGGAUAAUAGAUGAUGAAAGAAUGGGAGAGGCGUCUGUUGAGGUAGUUUUUUGUAUCAUCUAAAAUAUUAUUUGCUGUGGGCCUGUCAUUUAUCUUCGCCCUAUUCCAGGUGCUAUCCCUGUGCUUCUGAUUGAUCAGUUCUCUUUGCCAGGAGAUACUUGGGAGCAAUAUUCUUCUUGUUUGCAAAGGCGACAGCUACAAGUUUCACGCUGCGGGGAGAGAAGACAUUGACGUACAUGCGAUCUCUAUGAUGAAACAUUAUUAUUCUAGUCCUCUUCUGAUGAGCUACUAAUAACGAUGGUUCUCAGGUCCGGAUGUUGGGAUCUGGUCGUCCUUUUCUUGUUGAAGUUUCAAAUGCACGAUCUGUGCCAUCUUCCAAUGAUAUUUGUGAAAUGGCUGAAAAAAUAAAUGCUUCCGAAAAUAGAUAUGUAAGUCCCCUAUUGUGAAAUAUAUGUGUAAUGCUCUAGAUUACUUUUUGAAAUCAAUCAUGUCAUGUUGAUAGAGGAGAAAACAUUCAGAAGCUGUGGAUUAAACGUCAAAUUAUAAGUGGCAUCAUGAAAAAAUGUGUCAAAUAGUCACAAAAUAGGUCCAUGAACACAGGUAUAAAACAAAUUUUUUGCAUGCUGCGUGUGCUACAGAAAUUACGUCUGUAAAAGUGUCAUUCUUAUGGAGGAAACUUCUGCAUAAUUUAGAGCAUUAAGUGCCACGAUAUCAGAAAGUUAUAUCCCGUAGACUUUGUGAGUAAUCUUCAUAUGAUGGAUCUACUGAUUCAAUUUUGGUGGUAGAGGUGGCCAUUUUUUUUUACGUCUAUUUGUUAACUAUCAUUUACAUUCUUCUGAGCAGAUUAAAGUGAGAAAUCUCAAGUUGAUUGGGAGCGAGGCAUGGAGCCUCAUGCAUGAGGGGGAAGCAGAGAAACAGGUUGUUUAUUUCCUUGCAUGCCAUUCUUAUCCUACUUUUAUUCUUUAUGAUGUUCCUGACUACGUCGGUCAAUUGUUGUUGGGGAACUGUUGGAUGAUUAAAUAUGAACAUUUAUUUUCGUAUAGAAACAAUAUGCAGCUGUGGUUUGGAUUUCUCGGCCACUUACGGAGGAAGAUGAACGUAAGAUAAAUUCAACUGAAAACAUGGUAAGCUGUUAUAAUCUUUCAUGAUUUGCCAUUGUCCUAGUGACUCAUGCGUUUUACUUUGUCAACGUUUCCAAGUAUUUUCACCAACUAGCUUCUCUGAAAUCAAUACUUUCAUUUAAACCUUACAAAACUCGUUGAAGAAGAAGAAAUAUGCAAGCUACAUGGAGAUUGAACCUUUCCUAAAAUAGUCAUUCGAUAAUGCUGACUUCUCAAUUACAGCCUUUCGAAGGAGGAAGUCAAGGACAUUGUGUUCACCAUGGGACCCUAUAAGUUCGAAGGGCCAGAUGGUUUUCUCCUGGUUUCUAUCAACAGAAUGAUUCUUACGUUUGUCUAGAUGUGUCUAGACUUACGUUUUUAAUGCGACAUCGAUUUUUAUAAAGUUUAAGGCUAGGCUCUUGUACUCGGAAUCAAAGUACUUUUUCGAGUUCAGUUUUUAUACAAAAGAUGAGAAUGAAGCAUAUUUAACACCGUGCUUGCGAAAUUAUAAAUUACACUGGAUAAGAUACAGAAUAGAUGAGUGAUAGCAUUUAUUAAAGAUGUCUCUUUUAGAUAAAAAUUGAAUGCAAUGGAACACUCUACAAGGUUUUUUUCUUUCCUCAUCAUACUCUUUAACUGAUCAUUUCCGGAACCAAAUCAAUGUGUCAUUCUACACCGAUUGAGCGCCUUCUAGCUUCAUCUUUUGGGAGGAUGUUAUAUGAAUGUCACUGUAAGUUUAUCCAUCUCUACUGAUGAAACACAGUGAAUACUGCUAAAAUCUGCAUAAGAGAAAGGCCUCACAUCUUGAUGGCCUAUAAGUGGAAAACAUGACGAUUCGUAUGUGAUACUGGUGCUCGUAGAGCGUUAGAAACAUAGGCUCCUUUAAAUGCUCUGAGAGUAGUGGAUUUAUGGUACUUUCUAAAUGGUCAUAUUGUACAAGUGGUUCCUCGCUGAAAAUCCUGUGGCCACGCUGCUGGACCAAAUGACUACAAUUGUGUGGCAUUUAUAAAGGACAGUAUAAAUACAAAUGAAGUGUACAACCUAUAAUCGAUAAAUUGGUUCUAAAUAUGAAUUAUGCGUACCUUAUCUGGUUUUCGAAUGAAAGAAAAGCUUUUAUCUUCUUUUUCUUUAAAUGCAGAAAAUGAUAAAUUAAGCCAAAAAAUGAAAAAGAUUGUGAGGAGGUUCUUCUGAUGUUAAGUUUCUCUCUAGUAACUUCCUGUAGUUGGAGGAAAAAUUCUAGAAAACCAAACGUGGAUAUUACAUGUGGUGUGAAUACUUCUAAGAUGAUCAAUUAGACAUCUGGUAUCCAGAAAUUUCUAGGGUUGUUGAUGGAAACAAAGUAGACAGUUCUCUUUCAUUUAAAUAUUGAGUUUUUCUCCUUGAUACAUGGUAUUAUGAUACCGCAAAAGUGGUCAGGGCUCUUCUGAUGUAGCAGCUCGAUAGCAACAACUACUUUCUCUGCUGAGAAUGUGGUUUCAUUUUCCUUCAUUCUGUUUGAGUUGAAUGUUAGGCCCAACUUUCAGGAGAGGCAUGCUACGUUUCUGAUUUUUGUGCAGGAAAUCACACAAAGAACUCCAAUUAGAGUGCUUCAUCGUCGAAGUCCAAUGGAUCGGAAACGGAUGAUACAUUGGUAGGAAAUACGUCAAUUCAUUUUCGAUUUAUGUUGAUAUACGUCCUGAUAUUCAUCUUUUUCCUAACUUGGUAACACUCCAUUGCAUUUUCCAUGGUUGAUAUUAGGAUGACCGCAGAAAAAAUUGCCGGCAGCUCUCAGUAUUUUUUGCUUCAUCUGUGUACUCAGGUACUUCCUUUUGCUACAUGCUCAUAGUUUCGAUUAAACGAGGGAGUUUCAUGUUGCUUUCUUUCAACAAGAUGGCAACUGGUGUAUAGACUGGCAACACGUUUUUAACAUCUGUUAGAUCAUCCAACUCAUAUCCGAUUGGUGAGAAUGGAGAUGUUAAUUCAUCUUAUGGGUUAUUUUGGUACGCUUCUAGCAUUCAAAUGUAAGGUUAGGAAUUUUUGUGUGGAAACUUAUUCUUCUCACAACUAACAAGGUAUCGGCUAAGGAUUCCAUACCAUCCUGUGCUACAGGUUUACAUGUUCCCUUGUGAUUGGUUCACUGUUGGUCAUAAUGCAGUUUUUGUUCGGAAAAAAAUCACAUAAAGAUUAUAAGGAUCUUUUAGAACAAUCUUGGAAAAAAUAUUAUAAACAAGAAUAGCAAUUGUAAGAUUUUAAAGAAAUAAUCCCGAGGAAGGUGUUUAAACUUUGAUGAUCAUAUGAUGAGAAAGAGACUAGAAGAGACUUAGUGCCAGGAUUUUUUUGGUUGCAUGUGAAAAGCUAAAAUUGGUGCUAAAUGGGCUCAUAGUAGAUGUGAUGAACUGAAAGAACAGACGUUGAGUACUUGUAAACUUGUGUUCUGAUGCAGGUGGUCUUCUCUCCAUUUUUUCUCUUUCCCGGGCAUUUUUCAUGUUUCCUUUGUGAAUCCAAAUAGUUCCUUUGGCAGUUCAGUGGAACACUAUAUCAUCUAUCCCAAUGCAGGCUGGUCUAUACUCGCGAGUGAUUCUUUAGUUGGCUUCGUUCCUGUUGUGUCGUAUUCUCUCGUAGAUUUUAUAGUCUUCCUCUUUGAGUCCUGUCUUGUCCACUCAGUUCGAUUUUCGCUGACCAACGAAUGUUUCUGCAUCCGUGAAACGUGUGCGGCAUCACCUCGAACCGGAUCACAGGCAGGGACUUAUAUCAAGGAAUUUGUGCACGGAGAUUUUGGGCGUACUCAUCCGAAGUAAGAGUACUCCAACUUCGUUUCUUUUUUCCCUCUCUUCUUCGUGGAGCUGCCUCUCCGGCUCGAAGUGUUCUCUCUCUCAGUAGCUUCCCCCCCGCCCAACUCGACUGACGUUCUGGACUUACGUUCUGCAGCAUUGGUUCCAUUCUGGGCUGCCGAGCGGAGAUACUGCAGCUUGAUGUCACCGACGUGAAGAUGGACUGCUUUGAUUGA